AUGAAUAAAUGUAAAGACUCCUUAAGAACGAAGUUUGAGUACAAGUAUUUAUUUUACACCUUGUCCUUUUUAUCCUUAAAUUUAGGAAUUUGCAAUGAAUAUAUUAAGAGGAAAAGGAUUGAACAUAAAGACGAAAAGGUGAAGAUAUAUUUUGACUUGACAGAAAAAAACUUGGAGAUAAUAGAUAGGAAAAAGUAUUUCAAGCGAGUACAAAAAAUUUGCGAAGGUUUUAAUUUUCCUAUAUCAAGUAUAUCAGAAGCAGCAAAUAACUACUUUCCAUUAGAUUACCAUUUACAAUACUUAAGUGAUGCAUUUGAAAAAAAAAAAAAUGAUUUAAAAAGUAUGGUGGAGAGUGUAAGUAAGGGGAAGCAUAGACUUGUGGACAAAGAGAUGGAGGUAAUGAUAAUAGAUCGUAUGGUGGAUGAAGUUAUUAAUUAUUUACUAAUAUGUAAUGACAAGAUGAAAGACAAUAAGAGUAGCUGGACAUUUUUAAGAAGCAUAGAAUGGGAGCAUUUAAAAGAAUAUAUUAUUAAGAGAAAGAGAAUAAACGUAAAAUCAUCAUCCGAUUUUUUAAACACGUUUAUUGAUGAAAUGUAUGCAUAUAUAUACCUGUAUUUGUUAAUAAAUUACAAAAGAAAUAAUUUUUUUGAUUUUAUGAAAGUGAAGAGAUCGUAUAGGCACUGCAGUGAGAAUGUUGGUAAGGACAUAGGUUUGGAAGUUGGUAAUUAUUUACACAUAAAUAGUCAGGGUAUUGUCAAUAAUAGCAGUUUCUAUAUUGAUAACAAUGAGGGCAAUGAAAGUAGAAAUCAUGAUGAUAUUUCCAUUUACGGAAGGGAAGCAGAAAAUCCACAGGUAGUUGAUAAGGCAGAAUAUGUACUCAAUAUGAAGACCUUAAGGGAAAUUCAUAAUUGUCUGUCAACCUAUGGAGUAGUAGUUUUAAAAAAUUUUUUACCAAAAGAAAGUGUAGAUAUGAUAAAAAGAGAGCUAUUUCUGGAAAAAGAAGAUAUGAAUAUAUCCUCUUUCUUAAUGAACAAGGAUCAGAACGUUUAUUGUUUACGACCAACUAGAGGUAGACAAUACUGUAUAUUACGGAAUAGCAGAAUUAGUGAUACAUUUGUUAAUAUUCAACAGUACUGGAUGAAUAUUAUAUAUUCUUAUUUACCAGUAGGACUAUAUGAAAAUAUAUUUCAUUUGUUUGAUAAAGAUGUCUUAUUAAAAUUGAACAAAAUUAACAGCUUACAUAUAAAGACAGAACAAACUGAUAAAAUUUUUUUAUCAGAAUUACAACUAUUAAAUAAUGAACCGUUAAGUGAAACUCAGUCAUAUCAUGUAGAUAAUGGGCUAAGUGGGAUCAGUGUUAUUUUGCCUUUAAGUACCAUAAAUAUGGAGUCUGGCAAUUUUGAAUUUUUUAUUGGUACUCAUUUAUUUUCAUCAUUCAAAAAAAAAAAAAUUAAAGAAAAAAUUCUCACUUUUAAAAAAUUUAUGAAUAUAUAUUAUAAAACAGGAUCGUCAUUUAUUCCUACUGUCAGUGAACGAGAUCUCAUUAUUUACGAUUCGAGGAUUUUACAUAGAGGUUUGUCGAACAAUUUAUGGGUUAAAAAUUCGUCUUUAAUUUAUCGCUAUGAUUAUAAGAAAUAUCCUGCACCUGGUCAGGAUUUUAUUGACAUUUUUUCUUACAUUGUUAUUGGAAAGUGCAUUUCCACCUUUAACCUUUUAGGGAAAUACCUCUAA